AUGGCGCUGACCCGGGUCGCCCUGCUGACCGCCGCCGCGGCCACCCUGCUGGCCGUCUGCGGGGCCGGCUCCUCACAGCUGUACGGAGCGGCCAGCCCCGGUCAGGGGACCGUCCAGGGCUCACUGUCAGAUGACAGGCCACGAGGGGACAGUCACCAGCGUCCCGUCCACCCGCUGGCACCGGCACGGACCCGGAGGUCACCGGGCGACCAUGCACGGGGCGUGACCUUUGACCUGAUCCCGGCGGCCACCGGCUACAACGACAAAUACAACGACAAGUACGGCAGCAAGUACCACAGCGACCACAGCCACGGGGCCGGCCACUACGGCAAAAAGGGCUACAAGGGCGGCAAGUACUACGACUCCGGCCACGGCCACCACGGCAACAAGUACGGCGCUCACGGCAGCGGCAACAAGAAGGGCUACUACGGCAACCACGGCAACAGCCACCACGGCUACAAGGGCGGUCAGAAUUACUACGGAGACAACCACGACAAGUACCACGGCAACAAGGGCCACAAGUACGGCAACAAGGGCUACUACGACAAGGGACACAAAAACAACGGCUACAAGAACGUGCACCACAAGGAGGAUUACAAGGCUAACAAAAAGUUCUAUGACAACUAUCACGACGACGGCUACCACAACAAGUACAGCGACCACCAUGGAUACUACGGUGGUAGUGACGGAAAGAAGUACCACGGCGGACACUAUAAGAAGGGUCACUACGACGAUAAGAAGGGUCACGACGGUUACUACAAGAAGGGCCACGACUAUGACAAGUACGGCGGCAACAAGGGCAAGUACGGCCAUGACGACCACAACGCGUACAAGGGCAACCACGGCAAGUACCACAGCGACAAGUACAAUAAGGGCGACCACCACGGCAGCAAAUACGGCGGCGGGUAUGGAAGCGGAUGGCGACUUGUUCUCCUUGGAUGUGACAUGGCGUGA